AUGGCUACUUCUGCCCGAGGACCUCCAGGCACCGUCGCCAGCGAGGGUAUUCCAAACAGAACCCUCUAUGUGCGUAAUCUGCCCGACAAGCUCCAGAAGAACGACCUCAAGCGGAGUCUGUACAUGCUCUUCGCCACAUAUGGAGUUAUUCUCGACAUUGUCGCCCUCAAGACCAUGAAGAUGCGCGGCCAGGCUCAUGUCGUCUUCCGCGACGUCGACUCUUCGACACAAGCGAUGCGCGCUCUGCAGGGCUUCACAUUUUUCGGAAAAGACAUGCAAAUUGCAUACGCAAAGACAAAGUCAGAUACCGUGGCCAAGCUCGACGGAACCUACAAGAUGCCCGAGCCAGAACGCGCAGAGGACGACCAGGAGGCGCAUGCACAGACAUCAGGCUUUGGUACUGCACCGGAAAAGGCAGUACCAGUCAACGCACAAGAUGCGGCCAAGGGCCAGAAGCGGGCAAGGGAGGAUGAGGAAGAGGAAGAGAACUCGGAUGCCGAAAUGGAGAUGGACGUGAGCGACGAGGACUCGGACUAA